AUGGCCGAUUAUAAUACAACAUUCCUCAUCCUCAUCCAACUUCUUGCCUCAAAACCUCUUGCUUCACUAACACUUCUCUCACUUGUUAUAAUAUCGCUAGCUUCUUAUUAUGCAGCAGACCCUUGGAAGAAACCAGAAGCUCGAGAAAAAGAACAGGAGUCGGGAAAUGUAAUACAUAUAACGGCAAAUCAUGCGAUUGCUUUUGGUGGGAUAGCUAGUUUAGGUCUUAUAAGUAUGUGGACAUUCCCAAAUGCGCUUGUUUAUUUCAGUCUUGUAUCAUUUGGACUUGGUGGUUUUUUUGGAUUACAGGGCGUUCUUGUAGCAAUUUCUAGAAGACUCUCCUUGCCAUUUUCAGGUGGCUUAUUGGAGACCCUGCUGGCAGGUGGAAUAGUGAUUUGGUGGGUGCUUAUAAGAAAUAGCAGCGAAGCAUGGUUAUUACAGAAUUUUUUAGGAGGUUUCAUAAUAGCUUUAAUGUUAAAAGUUCUUAAAUUACCGGACUUACAGAUAUCAUCAAUCCUGCUUAUUACUGCCUUUUUAUAUGAUAUAUUUUGGGUUUUCAUUUCACCGAAUUUCACAUCAAAUGGCAAGUCAGUCAUGGAAUCCGCAGCUACAGGUUCUGGGCUAACAGUGCAUGAACAAGUUCCAAUGGUAUUUAGAAUUCCGAUUAGCGAUGAUCCUGCGCAUGGAUAUGCUAUGUUAGGAUUUGGAGAUAUUAUUUUACCUGGAAUGUUUUUGACUUUAUUAAGAGAGGUUGAUGUUAGAUUAAAAGGAUAUUGGUUAUCUUUAGUACCACAAAGUCCGAUGCCUCCCACACCAAUGGUUAUAGUUGAUGAUGUUGAAGGAGAAACAACUGAAAUAAUUUUUGAUGGAGAAGAAGAAGAAGAAAAUAUCUAUAUUUACGAAAAUAAUACCGUUUUUGUAUUUAAUCAAUCAACAAAUUGGGGAAAAAAUAAUAUAUGGCAUAGAUCAGUAUCAUCAUUACCAUCAUUAUGGACUUAUCAUUUUACAGGAUUAAUCGGAUACUUUAUUGGAUUAGAAAUGACUUUUAUUGCAAUGAUAUUAACACAAAUGGGACAACCUGCUUUAUUAUAUCUUGUUCCUUCUAUACUUUUACCGGUACUUUUAUUAUCAAUCAAAAGGAAAGAAUUUCAUCUUAUAUGGUAUGGUAAAUUUUGGGAAAAUGAUGAUGAUGAGAAUACGGACUAUUCAAGGUUACCUCAACAAGAUGAAUUUAUGAGACAAGUAUGA